AUGAUACUUUUUUUUACUUUCUUUGUUUUUUCAUCUUUUGUCCUUCCUUCAUUUCUUUCUUUCUUUCUUUCUUUCUUUCUUUCUUUCUGUUCUUAUAUUUUCUUUUUCUUUUUUCUUUCUUUCGGUUGUUAUCUUUUCUUCCUUUCUUUCUUCAUCUUUUCAUUCUUUCUUUCUUUCGUUCUUUCUUUCUAUUCUUAUACUUUCUUUUUCCUUCCUUUCUUUUUCUUUCUUUUUUCUUUCUUUCUUUCGGUUGCUAUCUUUUGUUCCUUUCUUUCUUUAUCUUUUUCUUUCUUUCUUUCUUUCUUUCUUUCUUUCUUUCUGUUUUUACAUUUUCUUUUUCUUUCUGUUUUUUUCUUUCUUUUUUCUUUCUUUCUUUCGGUUGUUAUCUUUUCUUCAUUUCUUUCUUUAUCUGUUUCUUUCUUUCUUUUCUUUAUCUUUUUAUUUCAUUUUCUUUCUUUCUUUCUUUCUGUUCUUAUAUUUUCUUUUUCUUUCUUUCGGUUGUUAUCUUUUCUCCCUUUCUUUCUUUAUCUUUUUCUUUCUUUUUUUUUCUUUAUUUCUUUCUGUUCUUAUAUUUUCUUUUUCUUUCUUUCUUCUUUCUUUCUUUCGGUUGCUAUCUUUUCUUUCUUUCUUUCUUUCUUUCUUUCUUUCUUUCAUUAG